UCCCCCUCGGGGAAAGCUUAUGUGAGGAUUUUCUUUUUUAACAGUUCAUUCCGUUAAACCAUUUUUUUUCUUGUUUGCUGUUAGAAAAUGUUGGAGCUGAACACAAGGCUUUCAUUGCAGGAAGCAUGUUAUUCUUGGGCACAUUCUGUCUGCAGGAAAGAUAGUUAUUUGCUAUUUUUUCUUGCUUCUUAGACUGCUGUCAAGAGAACUAAGAAAGGAUGUAGGCAUAUUGUUAAUGUCUCUCUUCAAGCUGUAUUUGAGAUGCCUUUGUGUGACAGAUUGGUAUGAAAUUCCAGAUCUGCCAACAGCUGAGGAACCUCACUGUGUAGCUGCAAUAUGUGCACAGUAUUUAGUUUUAGGCUCCUACUUUUGAAGGCUGGGUGAAAUUCCGGAGUUCUAAUUUCAAGGAGGCCAGCUUUUAUAGUGCAUCCAUAGGAAGCGUCUCCACUACAGCCUUUCACCGCACAGGAGACAGACUGAGGAUGUAGGCAGCUGACAAAUGUGAAAGCAAUGAAGAGGUGUUCCGAGGUUGACAGCGCUUUUCAUAGUACGCCCGUUUUAUGGGAAGGGCAUAAGAAGGGAGAUAAACAGGGGAUGAUUUUGAAAAGCUGAGAAGAAGCUGUAGCAGAUGAAGAUGUUCCAAAGACAAGAUCACACCAAAAAGAUCCUCAGGCUCCAUCAGCCACCAUCUGAUCACAUUGCAGCAACACACAUGUUGCCAUGAGGAUCAGGAGGUGUCCUAUCUACUUCACAGCUUAUCUUUUUGUCCCGCUGGGUAAACACCAGAGAGAACUCAAUAUAGAGGCAAAGCAGACAUUUUAAGAGAGCUGACAAGUCAGUUCCUGCACAUACAUGCAUCUGUGUAAGAGUAUUCGAAGUCCAGAGGCCUCUGUGGCACUUCAUGGAUGUCAGAACUUCUGCAUGUGUGGGGUUAGACUCUGCUCUUUGAGAUAUGAUGCUCCGACGAGGAUUUAUUCUAUUUCUCCCCCGACUUGUAGGCCUGCUGGUGGUGGCCUGUUGCUCAAUGUCUAUUGUUUAUAUGUUGGCUUGUACACCCAAGGGUGACAACCAGCAGCUUGCCUUGCCCAGGGUGCACAGUCCGACUGUGAAGGAGGGUUAUGAAGCCGUUCUGCAAGAGCGAGAAGAGCAACACAGCAAUUACAUCGUCAGCUUGAAGAAACAAAUUGCCCAGUUGAAGGCUGAGCUCCAGGGCAGGACUGAGCAGCUUAAGAAGAUGCAGAACCAGUACCCAGACCCCUUGGACGUUUGGCUUGACCACAGUAACCCUGAGAAGGCCCAGGCUAACCUGCUGGCUUUCCUGCGUUCCCAAGUAGACAAAGCGGAGGUGCACAGCGGUGUUAAGCUGUCCACGGAGUAUGCGGCUGUGCCCUUUGAGAGCUUUACCCUGCAGAAGGUGUAUCAACUGGAGACAGGGCUGACACGCCACCCAGAAGAGAAACCUGUAAGGAAGGAUAAGCGAGAUGAGUUGAUGGAGGUGAUUGAAUUAGGAGUUGGGAGUCUGAACAAACCAGAGGGUGUCGGCAAUGCAAAGCACCGUGUAUACACGGCCUCCGACUUUGUUGAAGGGAUCUACCGCACAGAAAAAAAUAAAGGCACGUUGUAUGAGCUGACUUUCAAAGGAGACACGAAACAUCAGUUUAAGAAGAUUGUUUUAUUCCGACCAUUUGGUCCUGUAAUGAAAGUGAAAAAUGAAAAUAUCAAUAUGGCUGACACACUUAUUAACAUCAUUGUGCCAUUGGCCAAGAGAGCCAACAAAUUUCGGCAAUUCAUGCAGAAUUUCAGGGAAAUGGGCAUUCAGCAGGAUGGGAGAAUUCACCUCACUGUAGUUUACUUUGGAAAAGAACAAAUGAAUGAAGUCAAAUCAAUACUUGAAAAUACCUCAAGGUCAGCCAACUUCAAGAACUUUACCUUCAUCCAGUUGAAUGAAGAAUUUUCCAGGGGCAAAGGACUAGACGUUGGUGCUCGAUUUUGGAAAGGAAGCAAUGUUGUUCUGUUUUUUUGCGAUGUGGACAUAUACUUCACAGCUGAAUUCCUGAACUCCUGCAGGUUGAACACCCAGCCAGGCAAGAAGGUGUUUUAUCCUGUUCUCUUCAGCCAGUAUAACCCCAGUAUAAUUUAUGGCCACCAUGAUUCUAUCCCGUCUUUAGAACAGCAGCUGAUUAUUAAAAAAGAAACUGGAUUUUGGAGAGACUUUGGUUUUGGGAUGACUUGCCAGUACAGAUCUGAUUUUAUCAACAUAGGUGGCUUUGACCUGGACAUUAAAGGCUGGGGUGGUGAAGAUGUACAUCUCUACCGCAAAUACCUUCACAGCAACCUCAUCGUGAUCCGAACGCCUGUCAGGGGUCUCUUCCAUCUGUGGCAUGAAAAGCAGUGUCUGGACGAGCUGACCCCGGAGCAGUACAAAAUGUGCAUGCAGUCCAAGGCCAUGAACGAGGCUUCUCAUGGCCAGCUUGGGAUGCUUGUUUUCAAGCAAGAGAUUGAGACCCAUCUGCACAGACAGAAAUUGAGUAGUAAGAAGACAUGAAACCAGAAAGGGAGGCCAAGAGCCUCUGAAUAGGUUGUUUUGUGAAAACAGAGAAGAUGGAAUCAGGCUGAAAGGGGAUGGAGAUUUCAGCAAGACGGCAGCAAAAGAAGAAGAGGGGAAAGUGUUUGUCCUCCUUACUUUUGUAUUUAUUCUAAUGGGGCUUUUCAAUACUCCAUUAGCCUGACUUUUCAGCACUUCUUCUAGGGGAGACUUGAGCACUUGAUGAGAUUCAAGGUCAUGUAAUGGAGACAAUGAAUGUUACAUAAAUGCCAAUGUGGCAUUCAUGGACAUGCUCCUCCUUUGAAAUGUUUAUAAGAUGUAUACAGUUAUUUAAAGGAUUGACCUGUUUGUGGGCCAAGAAUUAGGAGUUCUUUUCUACAUCUCACCUGAUAUAUCUAAAAAGGGCUAUUUUUGAAUAAGUACAGAGCUCCUGCUGUGAGAAGGACAUCUGAUUGUUAACGAUGGUUAAGCUGGAAAAGGGUUAAGCCCCUUUUCUCUUAAGGGGCUGGGAUGGGGUGGGGGACAGCAGCAGUGCACUAACAAGGCAUUCCCAGUUCAUCCAGAGAAAGAGGUAUCUCAGAAAGUGCUUUCUCAAAUUCAGAAACAGAAAACCCUACUGAUCAAAUGUGAUGGUUCCAAAGCACUUGAGGGGGAGUGUUUGUUCUCCUCUGUGGAUGGUGAACAAAAAUCAAUGAGCCACAUCUGUAUCAUGUGAACCAGAUGGUGUACUUCUGCUUUAGAAUACUGUAUGUAUCUCAAGAUUUAUUUUUAAAUGAAGUUGGUUUCGCUUGGGAAUUAUUUUGUCAAACUUCAGGUUUUCUACUUCUAGCCUUACUAGGAAACAGUACAGCCUUCCAACACGUGGAAAAUGCUCUACAGAUCUGUGUUUCCUAUGGAUGGGAUCUGGGUUCAGAUAAGUGAAGUGAUUUUUCUACACAACUUGGGUACUGGAAGGCAGAAGCUUUAUCAUGCUGAAGAAAAGGAAAUACAUUAUCAACUUGAAGUCCUGAUUUAGGAGGCUUUAAACUCUGAAUGCCAGAUACCAAAAUUGAUGAACAUUUUCUGACUUUAUACCAAAGUAUUCCUUCUAAACCAAAUAUAGAGCCUUGCCCAGGGCACA